UUUUUAAGUGUACUUUGAAAUCGGGAGUGAUGAAUGAAAGAUUCGGGUAAACACAAACAAAUCGAGUGUUUGAAUAAUUAAGUGAUAAAAGUCGUUUGAAGGAAUCAGGAUAAUCAUACGGUUCAUCGAAUUUGAAAUUUCUCGGAUCUAAAGUGAUCGAUAUCGAUAGAAACGUUUAUACGAUGUUUCUAAAUGGAAACACGUUUCCCAUGCAGUGGUAAAGACGAAUGUCGUUGAACUGUCAGUCGGUCGGGUACUUUCGAUCACCUGUAAAGCAACCAAUGACCGCGUUUUCGUAAAACGUCGUUGUCUCUUGAUUGAAAGAAACUCGCCGGUAUAUCAAUGUGUGUGUUUUUCAUUCGAAAAAAAGAAAUGAAGAAAUGUCAGUGUGAUUGCUGAAUCUAUAAAAAUGCGUUAAAUCACCAAUGAAAACGACGCGCGGCAUGACACCGUUAUUGCUUGCAAAUUGACUCGGUUUUCCGUGAAGCUCCGUCGAGGUCACCGCGCCCGGCUGCAGCUGAGCUCCCAGCUGACGAAUGGAGGCUGCGACCGGUUCGCCAUGUUCCUUCUUUUUUUUUUAAAGGCCACCUCCUUCUUUUUCCCUUUAAAUCGCCUUUCACGUGCUCCGCGACCCUCCUUGCUGUUCUCUCUUCUCCUCCUUCACCUCCUCUUCCUCCUUCUCCCUCUCCUUCAUCGCCUCCUCUCCUGGCUUCUUCUGCACCGUUUCCUCCUAGAAAAUCGUAUUGUUCGUGGUGUACGUCGUGCGCACCCGAGAACGCUCGACUUCGCCGAACCAGUUCCGAACCGUUUCUUUUGUGCGUCUCUUCUUCGUGGCACAUUCAACCCGCGCACUCUCCGCGGCACCACGAUACUGGCUUAUGUCUCAAGGUGACACGAUACGGUGCAACGCGCGCGAUUUUUCGAGGGUGUAUCGUUAUUUUUUCUUAAAAUCAUAUUUCGUGGAUCGUGUGAUCUAAGCAUUGCUGCGAAGAAUAAUCAAUCGAUGUCGUUCGCACGAACGAAUUCGAUUCAGCGAAUUAUACAGGUCGACGUCAAUCGUUCAAAAGUAGUGUUUUCUUUUUGAUUCUUGAGAUAAUAAUGUGUAGUGUCUCUCGUUCUUUUUCAUACAGUUCUAAAUUUCGUCGUGCAUCGAAACGUCCAAUGGAUUAACGUCGCGGUGAACAGGAGAGACAAAGGGCAGUUCCGUUCCAAUUGGGAAUUUCGAAGACGUUUCAGCGUUAGGAAUCGUUCGUAACGAUGUAAAGAACAAUGUAACACCGUUGCCGUUGCCAUAUAACCGCAACACACGUGUGGAGAAUAUAAAAAAGAAAGAAAGAAAGAAAGAAAAAAAGAAAGAGAAAGAAAGGCGGAAGAGAGAGAGAGAGAGAGACAGGGAACGAGAGGGAAGGAUAAUAAUCGGUGAAGGAAAGGCGACGCGAUCGAUCGGCUCCUCAAAAGAAGCGCCCGAUCGAUCGUUUCCUUUCGAAGCUUUGUUGCACGGUGUUAAUCGCGGAAGCUCAAGUGACAAGAGCCCGAUCGAGCAAGGACAAAACGGGAAAUCCGAGGGAAACUAACACCGAGUCACCCUUGUAUCAUAAGCAGAUUAGAUUAGAUUAAAUUAAAUACCGAACGCUUCUCGCUUGUCGUUAGAAUCACGACGAACGAACUUGUAUAUCGUAUAUAUACGUGGUGUGUAGUCUGAGAUACGGCCAUAAAGAUAGAGGGAAAGAGAGAGAGAGGGAGAGAGAGAAAGAGAGAAAGAGAGAAGAUUGAAGUAAUACAUACGUACACAUUUAUAUAUAUAUAUAAAAUAUAAAUAUAUAUACACGCAAACACACACACACACACACGAGUAAAAUCAAGAAGGGAAAGUAAGACGAGAUGUACAGAGAUCCGAACAGUUCCUCGGGAAGCGGCACCUCCACAAAGGACGACGAGGUCGAGAUCGUUAGCAGAUUUUUAGCGCCUUUGUGCGCGAGAGAUGAGGCUGCCAGAAACAUCGCCUUGGCGGCGGCCAGGAACACGGUCGAGGGAUGGCUCGGAGGGGUUGGUAGUCCGAAUCAUUCGGACGACACCGGUGAGAUGGAGGAUUCGGAGAAUCUGGGCGGGAAGUUCAAGAGCCAGGAUGGAAGAUACGACAUGAACAUGGACCGAUCACCGACCAAGUCGGCACCGAAGAACGUCCAGCCUCCUCUCCAGCAGCCUCUGCUUCAAGACACGUUCAGGACGGAGGGUUUCUUUCCUCAGAGCGUCACCGAGAAUCCCGCAUUCCUCGAAGAUACCAGCCUCGACUGUUCCGAGAGAUAUCCGUCGGGCUCGUUCGAUUGCGUGGACGGCCGUCUUGGAAACGAAACGGGCUACGGUACACCGAACGAGAGGCGAAGAUACGUGGCCGACGUGGAUAGUUACAGAUCCGGCCACUCGACGUCGUCCGACGAGGGGAAAGGUUUCAAGAUCGAUUCUCAGGACAGGUGUCUAAGGUUUAAGGACACGUCGGAGCCACGAUUCGGCUCGAGCAGCGAGAGCGAGAGGAAAUACCUCGGGUCGUCCUCGAGCGAGAGAUUGAACGAGGCGUGUCUGGAGGAUAGGCCCAGAGCGAAGAACUACGUGAAGGUGAAGGGGGCGAAGCAGAAGCAGCUCGAGGAUGACGAGCUUGACUCCGAUAUAAGGAUCUACGGGAAGAGCCCGAAAUUCGACGAGAACUUGGGCGCGAAUUUCGACCGCAGGAAUUUGAACUUCCGCCCGAAGGGUGACACCCUGCCGCGGGAACGCCUCUGUUACGACAGUGUGGACGAUGUCUCUUUCGACGAGACCGAGAUGACGAUCAGGAACCGGGACGGGGUUGUGUUCAACACUCUGGACGGUUUCGAGAACGAGAACGCCAACGAGAUAUAUCACAGACAACAGGACGACAAUCGUGCGGAGGACACGAAGUUGAAGAACUUCGAGAUCUAUCAGGAUGAGACGUUGGACGACGGCAGGCUUCGUUGCACGCGUGCCGAGUUGCCGCAAGAUUAUUUGCGGAAAAACGAGGAACGGAAGUUCAGCGCUGGACAGAUCAAGAGACCACUCUCCCAGGACGAAGAUGUCUCUUCGAAGAGUGGCAGGGUGCUGGAGAGUCCUGACGUCACGCCCGGGGACGUUGGUAGGAUGCUUAAUCUGGGGAAUGCUCUGGAUGGGCCGAGGCAAGCCCAGGCGAAUAAGUAUUUGAGCCUGGUGACGUUGCAUCUACCGGUGAUAUUGAGGCUUAGCGUGAACUGCCCCUUCCAGAAUGUUAGGAUCAAGUGUGCGGAGAUUCUGGAGAUGGUUAAGGAUAGAGGACUUCCAGUACCAGUACCAGCUUUCGAUGGACCUAGUGCCUUCGUCCCUACGUCCGAGUUGCCAGAUUUGAAUAAUCUUGAUGAAAAGACUCAUAUCCUGUUGAUGGAUGCGUUCCUCCAGAACAACAGGCUGGAUCAUGUCUCCAGGGUGAUGGCCUCGCAUCCCUCGUACUUGGAGCAUUUUCUCCGCACCCAACAUUUCAUCCUGAGGGGUGACGGACCACUUCCUUACGACUACAGGCAUCUCAUCGCCAUUAUGGCUGCUGGUAGACAUCAAUGCAGCUAUUUAAUAAACCUGCAGAAAGGGGAGUUCAUCCUCCAAGGCGGUGAUCCAUCUUGGCUUCGUGGUUUGAAGUCGAUUCCGGGAAAGCUACAAGAUCUCUAUGAGAUUAAUAAGAUUUUAGCUCAUAGGCCGUGGUUGCUGAACAAAACGCACAUAGAGAAACUGACCAAAGGCGCGGACAGUUGGUCCUUGGCCGAGGUCGUUCACGCGAUAGUUCUUCUGGCCCACUUCCACUCCCUUUCGUCUUUCGUCUUUUCCUGCGGUAUUAACGAAGAGCUGGACAACGUAGCCGGUCAUCAUUACAAAGAGAACGUCCAGGAUAAUAGCAAUAACGUACCAACUGCCAAAGACAAACUUUCCAGUAGUCCCAAGAAGAUCCCCAAUGGCGACGGCAAGACUGAAAAUAUGCCAUCGCCGCCAUCCUCGCCGAGCAUAGUAGGUGAACAGGAGGUCGGCGUGGAGGCGCUCAUGGAACGUAUGAAGCGGCUUUCCGAGAAGUCGGAGUCGUACCAGAUCACGCAAGAAGAAUUGUCCAAGAGAUUCGAGACCGUGGAAACGCAGUCCGCCGAGUUGGCAGCCGCGCCCCAGAGGAGUAGUUCGGUCCUCGACUCUGACAUCGGUCAUUUCAUCGAAGAUCCUACGUUCAUCUAUCAGGAUUUCGCCAAGCGUGGCCAAUUGAGCGACAUACCCACGUUCCGCGUGCAAGACUACUCAUGGGACGAUCAUGGUUAUUCAUUGGUGAACCGUCUCUACAACGACGUCGGUAAUCUGCUCGACGACAAAUUCAAAACGGCGUACAAUCUCACCUAUUACACGAUGGGCACGCACAGCAAGGUGGACACGUCCCGUUUCAGACGGGCGAUCUGGAAUUACAUUCAGUGCAUGUUCGGUAUCAGACACGACGAUUACGAUUACAACGAGGUUAACCAGCUCCUCGAGCGCAGCUUGAAGACGUUCAUCAAGAGCGCCGUUUGUUACCCUGAACGCGUGACCAAAAGGGAUUACGAUCGCGUGAUGAGGGAAUUCAAGCACAGCGAAAAGGUCCACGUGAAUCUGAUGAUCCUGGAGGCAAGAAUGCAAGCCGAGCUACUGUACGCGCUUCGCGCCGUGAUGCGAUAUAUGACCUAAGCGAAGCAUCGUCGCCUAAGCUCUUUCGUCUACUUGCUGUCUGUCAGUUUGUCGUCGGUUUAUUUUAUCGUGUAACUCGCGCCACGGAUAUUCGCGAGUCGUCAUUGCGGAUUCUGCACGGAAAGGAACGAGCGAACGAGACACCGAUUCUCACAUUCAGUAUAUUAAGAGAAUGUAUCUUCACCACACGUAUCCAUCAUCUACACAUAAUUAUCUUUAUCCAUCCAUAAGAGGAGAGAGGAGUUCACGUUACGAUGUGUACUCGCACGUACACACGCGUAUGUAAUAAAACAAACACACACACACAUACAUACAUACAUACACGUACACAUCUCACACACGUAUAGAGAAAGAGAGGGAAAAACGGCCCAAACCCGAAUUGUCCAUUGUGAAAGAUCGUUGCAGGGUGUCCGCCGUUUGCUCGUAACUUUAAACGACCGAGAAUUCUUUGAUGAGUCAGUGCUGAAUCUGGAAGAAGCAAUCGAAACGGAGAGGGAAACCGCGGGACGCGUGGAAGAAGGGAGAAAAAUUCGACGCGAUAUGCGUCGCAUACACCGACGAAUGUUGAUCGAUCACGACAAAAAAGAAA